AUGGCGGGUGUCAAACAGGGACAUGCAUCAGAUGCUCCGAGUCCAGACUCGGAUGCUGUUGAUGUCACUAAUGGCACUAUCAGUCCCAUCACUGAUGCAGACAAUAUACGCCUCGCUGAGCUUGGCCACGUCGCUCAACUGAAGAGGCAGUAUGGCCUCGUGUCCGUCAUCGCCAUUGGCUGCAUUGCCUCAAACUCCUGGUCCGGUCUCGCGGGAACAUUGGUAACCGGCGUCUAUUCAGGCGGCCCAUCGCUGAUCCUGUAUGGCUACAUAUUCGUGACGAUCGCCAAUGCUUUCGUGGCUCUGUCUCUCGCUGAGUUAGCCAGUUCUUAUCCGACGGCAGGAGGUCCUUACCACUGGGCCGCUGUGAUAGCUCCGAAGAGAUGGUCACGAGUGGCAAGCUUCCUUACAGGCUAUCUCAAUCUUUUUGCAUGGAUUGUCGGUACUGCCGGGUCGGUAUUGAUGCUGGCUCAAUAUAUUAUUGCAAUGGCUAUUCUAAUGAACGUCAACUUUGCAUUCGAGCGUUGGAUGAUCUUUGUUCUAUACGAAGCCUGGGCCAUCAUUUCCACCGUGUAUAGCAUCUGCGGCAAUGCCCUGAUGCCCCAUGUCAUUCGGUUCGCUCUCUUCUGGAGCAUCGCGUCCUGUUUUAUCACGAUAAUCGUCAUGGCGGCUCUUUCGCAACCGAAACAAUCCGCUACUGCAGUAUUUGCUACCUGGAUCAACAAGACGGGAUGGACCAGUAACGGCAUUACAGCGUGCAUCGGGCUCAUCAACCCUGCGUUUGGAUAUGCUGCCAUCGACGCAACCAUACAUUACUCUGAGGAAGUCAAGGAUCCUGAACGAAACGUCCCGCUAUCCUUGCUGGCUGUCCUGGGAAUCGGAUUCGUCUCGGGAUUUGCCUUUCUCGUCAAUGCUUUCUUCAGCGUCUCCGACUAUGAUGCCAUCCUAGCCAGCAACACAGGUCUACCGGUUGUCGAAAUGUAUCGACAGGCGGCGGGUACGGCUGGCGGUUUGGGGCUUACUCUGCUCAUUUUCUUCGCCACAAUACCAUCUCUCCUGGACUGCCAAGUUGCAACCGGGCGGCUGCUAUGGGCCCUUGCCCGUGACAAUGCCAUGCCGUUCUCCACUUCGCUCAAGAAAGUCAACACUUCAACUGGUGUCCCUGUUCAAGCAUCUAUUACAAUCGGCGUCUGUCUGAGCUUACUAGGAUGCAUCUACAUUGGCAACACUACUGCUUUCAGCGCUUUCAUUUCUUCGGGCUUGGUGCUCAACAACCUGACGUAUGCCACGCCAGUACUUGUCAAUAUGUUGUGCGGUCGCAAGGAUUUCCGCCGGGGAAAAUUUCACAUGGGUGGCAUCACUGGCAAACCAGCGUGCCGCCGCUGCGUGGAAAAGGGUCAGGACUGUCCUGGCUACUCGUCCCUUUCCCUCACAUGGAUUGAUGGUCCUAAGAUCAAGAGGAGGAAACGUCAAACUCGCACUCCCUCGACGAGAGCAAGCCGGUCUCCUCCCUCGGUUGACACUGAUCCUUCCAUCUCUACAAACAACAAAUCACACUCAACUAAAGAUUUCUCCUCUAUAAGUAGCAACGGUGACCUCUCGGCCAUUGCUGUUGUCAGUGGGCAAGGCGAGAGCAGUGUCUUCUCACGACCUCAAGAGGACAUUGACAAACGCGUCACGGAAGCAGCCAUCUACCAAGAUCCCGAUGAUGAUCUUGACGCUCUUACCGCGCUAUUUCGGGGAACUUCAUCAAUAUUCUCGGAAGCUGGCACCGACAUUAUUGACGGAUUGCUCAACCCUCCUAUAUCCAUAAGUUCUGGCCUGAGCCCAGAAAACGAGCUUAGAGUAUUUCUUUCGAUCCACUACUUCACCAAUGUGGUACCGAUUUUCACGAUAUUUGAUACUCCAUCGAACCCCUUCGGUGAGGGCAUCCAACGUCUGGUCGGAGCUUCCGAUGCUCUGGCCAAUGCCACAACAUGCAUCGCUGCCAUACACCUAGCGGACAGUUUUGACGACCAACAUAUGAGAGACUAUGGGCUCACCUGUCGUGCACAGGCGACGACCGCUCUGCACAGAAGCAUCGAUCAAGGCGAAUGGAAUGAGGGUAACUUCGUCGCCUGCAUCCUCCUCAGCAUGACGGAGAGCUAUUUCGUACCGAUCGCCUGCGGUACUACCUACCUUGAAAGUGCAAAGCAUUUUAUAUCAUUGAACCGAUCCGAAUUCGAGCGCACGAGCAAGACGAUGCGGAAUGCAAUGUGCUGGGUUGAAGCCUUAGCAAGUCUUGUGGAUGACUAUUCCGGGAUGAGCUCCUCGCUCAGCGAGACACACACUAAUGCCAAUCAUGAUACCGGUUUCCACGGAGAUGCGGAUCCCAUUCUUGGGACGUGGGCGCCGCUUCUUCCACGGAUUGGAAGGCUUACAGAACUUGCACGAGAGGCCCGCCAGUAUGGCCUCACCCAGAGCCUCCAGGAAGAGGUUUUAUCUAUCGAGGCAUUUUUCCUCUCGUGGAUAGUUAACGGAGAAGACAGUCCAAAACCUGCAACGCCAAUUACUAGUGAGGAGAGUGAGGGUUUGACUCCCAAAACGUUGAAAUUCCUGGAUACGAUCUGCUUGGCUGUACCACAGUUCGAACGGCCGCUCCAUCCACCGGCCGAACAACAGUUCGCAGUCAUGGCUCAGGCGUACAGUCUUGGUGGUCUCGUACAACUCUAUUGUUUCUUUCCUCACAUCCUUCGCAAUCGCGCGACGGGACUGUCUGAUAGCCUGGGCGAGGAACAAUUCUUAUGCGACCUGUCCGACUACAUUAUUUCGAUCAUGAAAGACAUUCCAUUCGGCAGUCGGCUCUUCAAUGUUGGAUCAUUCCCACUUCUAGCCGCUGGACAAUUCUGUAAGAAGUCUGAAAAUAGGACGUGGGUUUUGUCUAUCUUUGAUGACCUCCGGACCCGUAAUGGAAUCGCUGCGGUGGGACAACUAGGAGUUGCAUUGCAAGAGGUUUGGCAGAGAUAUGAUAAUGGUGUGGCCACAUGCUGGUUGGAUGUUUUUUCGGAAUGGAACUGGAAGAUGCUUAUUAACUAA